GUAUAAAAAGGCCGGGGAUUCAUGGGCUGCACACAUCAUCAGACUGUCUUCACAACACGGAACCAUGAUUAGAAAACUGCUUAUCUGCACUGUAGUGCUUUUUACCGCCUGUCAGGCCGAGAUCAUAACAGAAUACUGCAGUGAUGGAUCUGAAAAUACGCACAGUCUGGGCGAGGAAUGGGAGGAAGGAGAUAAACUGUGUGAAUGUAUCUACCCUGAGAGCCUGCUGUACUUCUGGGAAGGGGAUAACCCAUCCGCCCCCAUUAGCCACUGUCUUUGGAACGGUUGUCCCAAUCCCUCAGGUGGCCCAAUAUUCAAGGCUGGGGAUGUAUUUCAGAACGAAAACGGAGAUCUAUGCACGUGCAAAUCCGGAUCAGACCCAUAUUUGAUGGAUGCCUACACACUUUUCCACGCUGAUUGCUCCGUCGAUCUUUCUGUACAAGAAUUAGGUGUUUGAAGUGCAACGAAUGAAUAAAGAUGAGUUUUUUUUUAGUUGCAGAUGAGUAAUUCAUGGGAGUUUAAAGGCUAAAAUGUAUUGCCCAUGUGGAGCUAUAUAUGAAGUUCAAACAACCUACCUGUAAAUCAGGAAACCAGAACACAAAUGUGUCAAAACCUACAACUAUAUGAGUGGUGGAAUAUGUUGAGGACUUAGUCUAAGGGUAGUUCUCGCAAGGAGCAGGCUUGGAUAUUGCAGCGUCCGAGAAUAUGCUGACUAAUUUGGCCGGUAUGAUUGACUACGGUCGUGAAGCGAAAGUGUCAAAAUUGUUAGGCCUAACAUCUUCCCGGGAGGAGCCAAAUCGGAGAGCGAGGAAUAACCCACCUCCCUCAGCCAGGUAGAUAACUAAUAAAGAUGGAUUCGAACUCUUGAUUUCAUUGGUCAAGAGUUUGCAUGAUGGCCGGCGCGAACCGUCACUUGAAUUGUCCCUGUGAGAUUCUUACAUUAGACUGUGUCUUCUGGGAAGGCAUUAUCUGACAUUUCAGUAUGACCUAUAAGCUAAAUUC